UUUACAGAUUUAAAAUGAGAUGUGAUCUGGACAUUUUACAGAUAUCUAAGAAGCCCAUGGUUCCACUGGAACUUGUUUAAAGUGUCAUCACCCUGGUGAAUCAUGGGAAAUUAAUCAUUUUAGUAGCCAUUUCUUAGAGCUGGUCUGAAGUGUGACCUGUGCACAGCCUUUCAGCCUGAAUGUUGGUGUUCACUGUAAUCAGCCUGUUAGUAUGAUUCCUUUUAAGCAAACCUGACCUGCUGCUGUGCCGCCGCUCUUGACAGUCAUCCACUCCAGCAGCUUAACAAAUAGGAUUAAAGCAAAGAGAACAAGCCUUUACCAGCAGCAAAGUCCCAUCUGCUCACCUGAGAGCAAGCAACGAGCAGCCCAGCCGUGGUUUCUAAUUUCCUGACAAAUGCCAAGCAAACCAGUGGAUGGAGGACUGUGGGAAGGAUGCCGCUGAUGAGCUGAGGAGGACGGGAUAAGAAGCAGCGAGUCCGAGGCUGGAGCUUUGGAGGCAAUUUGUCAAGAGAUGACUGGAAACUGGGGGAGGCUGCUGCUGUGGGUGGUCGGGGCUGCACUGCUUUCGGGCAGCAUCUACCUGGAAGCAGAUGCCACUGGUGACCAGGAGCUGGAUUCAGAUCAGCUUUGGUACAGGCGACGUGAUGCUCUGACUCGCAGAAGAAGGAAUGUGUUAUUUCCCAGCGGAGUCAGACUGUGCGCUCACGAAACGGUCGACCAGGCUGUCGCCAACCACCUCAACUACUUUCACCUCAGAGUGUGUCAGGAGACGAUGUGGGAGGCCUUUAAGGUCUUCUGGUACCGGCUUCCGGAGCGGGACGUCUACCAGGACUGGGUUGGUCGCUGCAUGGACGGCUCAGUCAGCGUCGUGGACAUCGGCAGCUUCUUCAGCCAAUCACAGGAGCACAUCAGCCUCAUCAAGAGAAGAGUUGCCAUGGCUACUGCGAUGAACAGUGUGCCCGUCACCUCAGGCCCCCCUCCAUGCAGCAGCUCUAAACCUGGACAGUCAGUGACAGAGACUCUGCCAGGGGAAGAUGCCAUCGUCAUCAGAUCAGAGACAAUCGCGGCCGAUCGAGAUGACCUUUUGCCCGGCUAUGAAGUUGCUGCAACUGAAGGGUCCAUUCAAAAGGCUCCUACAACAGCGUUCACCAAUACAGCUGUGAAUUCGACUUCUGAGUCUGCUUUGGCUGCCAUGCCAGAAAACACAAAAGACGAUGCUGACAUUGUUACCCACAAGCCCCUCGGUGGGAAACUGGGGGAAGACAGGACUGUCCCAUAUACAACAGAUGUGGAAGCUGUCGAUACUGUGGAGAAAGUUGUACCCAAUUCAGAGGUGAUUCAAGAAGUUACCUCAGAAGACGAAGAGCCACCAUCAGAGGUGGUGGCUGAAGAGGUCCUCACAGAAGCUGCUGCUGUGGUUCCUACAAAACCCACCAUGACACCCACUACAGAAGCUGCCAUAGAAGAGGAAUUGGGCCAGGAAACGGCUCCAGAACCAGUUGCUGAGGCUCCGGAGGGUAUCCCAGAGACAACUGCCGAAGUCUUUGUGGGCCUAGAGGUUGAAGAUCUUCCAGACAAUUCUUUGGAUAUCAGCCACAACAUAACACUGAGUGAUGAGGUUCCAAAGGGACCCCUAAUCACUGAAGCUGUCCUUUUCAUAAUUGAUCCAGGUUCAGAAGAAGAAGCUGUGACUCAGGGUCAAGAAUCUGCCUCUGAUGUAGAAGCAGAGACCUCUGUUCUGACAACAACAGGUAGAACAGAAGCAGAAGCUAGUGAAGACACUGGUCAGGGCAAAGCACCAGAAGACAAGCUGACUCUUAUGGCUGAGGUUACUUCUAAUCCUGCGGUAGUGGAGGUACCACAGAAUACUACAGCGGUGGGAACAGAGGCAGCAGAUGAAACAGCACAGGAGGCCAGAUGUGAAGAAGCUACUACUGAAGCUGUAGCAGCAGAGAUGGGGGUGAAGGAGACCACAGAAAAGCCAGCAGUUCAAACAGAUGUCACUGUGACACAAGUAGAGACAGCAGAAGAAGAGCUACCUGAUGAAGCAGAGGGAGCAGCAGCCGCCAUGGAGGAGGCAGUAGAAGCUCCAGUAGAGGCCAUAACAGGCACAGCAGAAGGGCCAGUAAAGACAGUCGAUGUGAUUGCAAAAGAACCAGAGGAGGGAUCACUUCAGGCUGCAGGAGAACCAGUGGGAGGUGGUGAAGAAGCAACUGAGGCUCCUACAGACUCUGUAGAGAAAGACAAAGGAGAUGUAGUGCCAGGACCUGCAGUAGAAACUGUGCCAGAACCUGAAGAGGAAGCUGUAGCCCCUAUGGAAGGCGGUGCAGAGAGAGAACCCACAGAAGCAGCACAUGACGAGACCAACCCCACAGGAAAACCAGCAGCAGAUGUUACAGAUGAUCUUGUUCCAGAGUCUCAUGCUGAAACCUUUUCAGAGUCUGAAGCGAUUACUCCAUUUGUUGUUGUCAUUCCAGAAGACUCCGAGGUAGAAGGAACUUCAGAAAUGACCAAAGAGAGCAGUACCCAGAAGCUUGCGCUCUCAAGCGAAGUCCCACAUGUUGAGAAAGAACACACCCCAGAGGCUCCGAGUGAAACGUGUGCAGUAGUUGUGACCCCUGCCCAUCCAAGGAUGACUUCAGAGAUGGAAAGCCCUGGAGAGGUCAGCCCUGAGAAAGAUGGCACCCUGAGUGAGGACAGCAUCCAGGCUGUAUUGGCAGAGGUCUCCCCAGAGAGAGAUGAGGGUGUUUCUCCAGAUGUUACAGCAGAAGAUGUGGGAGUCAUGAUGACAGAGGCUCCAGCUGGAGAAAUCACUCCAGACGUUAGUGCAGAGCGUCCCCGAGGCACCGCCACUGAAGAGACCAGCCCUGCUCCCUCUGUGGAAGUCACGACCAAGUACGUAGUGGAGUACAACAAUGGCAACUUCCCUGAUCUCACAGAGAGGCCUUACAACAUGGAGGACACCUUACUUGGAAACAACGGCUUUGAGAUAGAGCUCGAGCUGGACAACUCGAUUGGUAACGAGAUAGAUGACACUUUGCUGCAGCCCCUGAGACCACUGAAGGACCUGGUGGUGGACCUGAGCAUCAGGCUGAGAGGAGAGAGCUACACCGACUCUCUGAGAGACCCGGGCAGCUUCCACUACCAGCAGCUGGCCAGACGCUUCACACGCAGGAUCGAAGACGCCUUGCAGAGGUUACCAGGCUUCAAGAACGUCCACGUUGUUGAAUUCAGGCCACAGAAGGACCUGGAGCGGGGUUUGGCAGUGCUGGUUCACUAUACCGUCACUCUGGAGGUCGAUAGUCGUGGCAUCGCCAACAACACGCUGGACUUCAUCUCUCUGCAGAACAACCUGGUGGAGAAGAACUAUCCCGGAGCGUCUGAGCAGCCCACCAUCGUCUACACAAUCACUGACCUCCGCAACUACAUCACUGAGGCACUGCACAAAGACAGCUUCAUGACCAACAGCAGCCUGGAGAGCGCUGACACCUUGUUUCCUUCUGUGAAACCUACGAGUCAACCAGCCGACAUGUAUGACAACAUGGACAACAUCCUGGCUGCUGAGAAGCCUCCUGAUGCACCAAGCCACGAGGUAGACAGUGACAUCUUCCUGAAGAAGGACGACUUCCUGUUCGACCCAUUCAACUCAUGGAAAGGUCCUCAGAGCGCUGUGGUGAGCGAGAAUGAUGUCUUCAUGUUCGACGAGAGCACAACUCCUCCACUGGCCAUUGAAUUCCCUGUCGAACUGGAGCCAGUGACACAAGACAAUAGUAAAAACAUUGAAGACGAGGGGUUCAUCCUCAGUAAACCUCACGGUCCAGGAGAUGAUACCCUCGGAGGGGACCAUGCAGGCUCUUCUGCUGCAGCCCCCCCUCCUCCAGGGAAACCUCAGACAGACUUUGAGUUCACACUGGAUGAUGGAUCUGGUUCUGGUUUCUCUGGAGAUGCCCAGGGAGCAAAUCUCUGGUCCUGGCAUCUGACUGUGCUGCCUGACGGGACAGACCUUUACAAUGAGGGGGAUGGCAGCCUGGAGCUGCUGCCACCGCUUGAUCUGGAAGAGACUGGGAAUGAAGAUGAGAAUGAGGAGGGUGUUGUUGCUGAGUCACCAACCAGUGUGAAAGACAAUGUGGCUUUGAUGACAGAAGAAUUCACCAGCACUUCAUCUUUGGGGACAGCCACAGUUCUUGCUAUUGAGGAAUCAGAAAUGGACAGCGGCAUUGAAGAACCUUUUCUGGACCAAGUCCUGGUGACGCCACACAGUAGGACUGACUUAACCAUGACCCAAGCACCUGUGUUCUCACCUGAGGGAACCUUAAUUGUUGAGCUUUCAAUGCAAACAGUUGAAGCAUCCAGCAUCUAUGAUGACUACUCUUUAAUCGAACUGCAUACAAUGGCAGCACCAAUCACAGACCGUCCUGAACCUGCCGCUUGGAUUCGUGAGGCCCCUGUUGUUUCACAACCAACUGAUUCAGCAGUCAAGCUUCAAGAAACCACUCAACUCAUGGAAGUGACCACUGCAGUACCAGUAGAGCCUCCAGUGGCUACAGCUGCAUCUGAAUCAGAUGUACCUGAGGAGAAAGAAGCUCAAGUCCUUGUCACGCCUGAAGUGCCUGACACUGAUAGUUCCACAGCCAAAGGGUUGCACACCUCUGUAGAAGUCAGACCUGGCUUUGAUCGAAUGACUGAAGAGCCAUUAGAACCAGAGGUGCUCACAAAGGAACCCAAACUGGUGGUUGAGAUUUUGGAAGAGCAGCACUUUGGCACCACUGAUCCUGCAACAGCACCACCAAAACUUGAUGUCUUUGAUAAAGACCUGGUUGUGGAUGAAGUCAUGAUUGUCACCACCACUGCCGCACUAGUCCUCACUUCAUCUGUAAGUUCAGACCACCACAGUGGCAUCGUGCUCUCGCCUGAGAGGGACUCACCGUCCACUCGAUUGUCAGAUUUGGCACCAGAGGAUGAGGAGAUAGUUCAGCAUGAGCACCCAAACCACGAAGAUGUUGACAAAGGUCCAGUAAGCACUUUGUCUUCAGCUGUUCUGCCGUCGGUGGUGGUUGUGAAUGAAACAGAAAGUUCUUCAGUGGAUGCUACAGAGAGGUCACCAGGCACUCCAGCACAACAAGACGUGGGUACCAACUCCACAGGGUCUUCAAAUGGGGAAGCAGACACAGGUUUCCUCCAAACAGCUACUUCCUUGCUUCAAGACGUCAAAGAUGAUACUCACGCUACCAGGCUCCAAUCCUUUGAGCGUAAUUUUUCUGAGGUGGCAAGUGUUGACAUCAGCUUCGAUGUAUUCAGUGUGGCGACUGAAGGCAACAGCAGCAGCUUCUCCAGCGGGACACAGGGGACAGACCUGGAUGCCAUUGCACUACCAACCCGACCAGGCAAGGCGCUUACAGUUUUCUUCAGCCUGAGGGUGACCAACAUGGCGUUCUCUGUGGACCUCUUUAACAAAAGCUCCCCUGAGUACAAGGCCUUGGAGCAGCGGUUCCUGGAACUGCUGGUGCCAUACCUGCAGUCCAACCUAAACAAUUUCCAGAACCUGGAAAUCCUCAACUUCAGGAACGGCAGCAUUGUGGUGAACAGCCGGAUGAAAUUUGGCAAACCGGUUCCCAGAGGCGUCACCAGCGUUGUCUAUCUAAUCCUGGAGGACUUUGCCAACACCGCCUAUCAGACCAUGAACCUGGCCAUUGACAAGUACUCACUGGAUGUCGAGUCAGGUGACAGAGCAGAUCCAUGUAAGUUCCAGGCAUGUAACGAGUUCUCCAGGUGUAUGGUGAAUCAGUGGUCGGGAGAGGCUGAGUGUGUGUGUGACUCCGGGCAUUUGAGUGUCAACGGUCUGCCAUGUCAGAGCAUCUGUGAGGUGCAGCACGACUUCUGCCUCAAUGACGGAAAAUGUGAUAUCAUCCCUGGCAAGGGUGCCAUCUGCAGGUGUCGGGUGGGAGAGAACUGGUGGUACCGCGGUGAGCACUGUGAGGAGUAUGUUUCUGAGUCGCUGGUGGUGGGGAUUGCCAUCGCCUCGGUGGCCGGUUUCCUCCUGAUGGCGGCCUGUAUCAUCAUCUUCUUGGCCAGGACGCUACGAGAGCAUUACGGUGGGGAGGACGCCGAGGACCCACUGAGGGGGAGUGACAGUGUUCCCACACUGGAGCGCGCCACCAAGUUCAACCCCAUGUUUGAGAGCGGCCCAGUCACGGCCCAGCACUACUGUCGCUAUGAUGACAGCGCACCCCGGUAUUACCACUGCUGUGACCCUGGCCAAGCCCGGUACAGCAGCUCCGUUAGCGCUGAUGCCUCCAAAGACCUCGGCAGUGACGAGAUACGACACAUGUACCAGAACAGCACACUCAGCAAAGAGGAGAUCCAGGAGCGUCUCAGGAUCCUUGAGCUGUGUGCCAGGGAUCAGCACUUUUCAGACUUUGUGCGACAGACUCAAGUAUUCCUGGAGAGGAGAAGGAGCUCCACCACAUAGUGAGCAGGACCCGGUGGCUUCCAGAAACCUGCCUUUGACUUUGACCUGAGGAGAGAAGAGGAGUUCGUCUUCUGCUCAAUGCAACCGCAGGUGAAGGUGACCGGACUCUGAAACACCUGGGACUUUACUCUUUAAAGGCAAAUCCUGCACUGAUGGGCUGUUUCCUCUGAAGUGAACUUUGACCCUUGCAUGGUUGCCUGUUCUUCUUAUCUUUACCUGUAAAUACUUAUGUUUUCACUCUGACUUUAUUUCUGUACAACUCUUCUGAGCACCUCUGUCUUAUGCUUUAAAUGGAUUUCAUGGUUUUAGCUUGAACUCAAGGGUUUUCUGUUUGCAUCCCAACCUGCACAUCACCACUGUCGUAGAACAGGGCUGCUUCUCAGGUCUCUUAUGUGAUCGCUCCACCCAGAAUGACUUCCUGGCGUUCCAAGUGUCUUAGAUCAGCUCUGAGGAGUAAGGAUACACGAAAGCAUCCUUCACAGACGUUUUUCUGAAAUCAGUUGGUGGUUGGACGCUUCUGAUGAAAGAAGUGUCCGACCACCUCUCUCCUCACACAUUUUUCUCUCAUUCCACGUGUGCAGUACUAAGAUGUAAGUGAGGGAAGUGCUGUUGUUCAUAAGAGACUUGGGAAGCAGCCCACGUCGCUGAGCUUUCGGACUCUGCGACUGAUUAUCAGUGAGAAACUUGUUCUGUUCUUUGUCCCACAAACUUUCUUCUGAAGUCCUUGAUUUCAUUUCAGGCAGUUGUUUCUCUGACACGGUUUGUGAGCCAGCUGUGACUUGCAGCGCCCCCCCAUCGGUGCCUUCACUAUUCUGCUUAUCUGUGGUUGGAUGAGCCCUAGACGUUAAAUCAGCAUUCCCAUAAAUCCAUGACAACUGCAAUCAUUAAGCUUCCUGUUUCCUCCUCUGUCCUUUGUUCCUCUACCAGCUGCUGACAGAACACAAGCCGCCACGCCUGGGACUCACACGAUGUUUACAUUUCUCAGUCACUGCUGGACCAUUAGCUGAUGUGAACUUGUGUAGCUUGUCAGUGUCUUGUACUGUAUGUGCAUGUUGUUUAAGGAUUCCUUUCUACAAAUGUUCACACGUGGUCACCCAAGAAGGAACUGGUUUUAAAGCUGCCAAGGUGUCUGAGCUUACGAUCCAGUCUUCUUCACACAGGUUGUUUUGUUUGUUCACAUUAUGUUAGACACACAGGGUUAGGAGAUUUACACAGGAUUGAAUCUCUGUCAUGCACCCAAUCUUUUUGUGGAGUUAGUUUAUCAUCUAACUUAUUCAAGAUGCAGUGUUCACACACAGUAUUAUCUUAUGCAAGAUACAACAUGUGAUGUUGCUUGUCCUAAUUGUGCAAGACAUUAUGUUGUUUAUUUAGCCUGUUUCAUACCAUCAUCUCACCCUUACAACUUGCCUUUUUUGCACAAGUUAUGAUGUUUCUGCACUUUACCUCAUCCAGGUAAGACCAUAUCUUAAUUGAGGUUUCAGCAGAAUUUUCCUGUCGACCAAGUCUUAGUAAAACCUUCAGACUUUGGCAGCUUCAUAGUGAAGUGUGUUAUGACCCUAGAGACUAAAAAGGGUCACUGAGUAGUUAGGUGGAUGCGUUGGAGAGUCGGCCCCCAGCCAUAACAGCUGUGUCCUCAGGGCGGUCAGUGAAACUUCCCCUGACCUGUUCCUGUGUAUGAUAACCCCCCCCAGGCUGUAGCUGAUAAUGCAUCCAGGAGUUAAACAGCUGAUAUUUGCCAUUGUGUGUUUAGAAGCGUGUGUUUGUUUCUCCCAAGAGCCCCCUCAGCCCCACACGUCCUCCAUGCUUCUUGUCCCAUAGUCGAGGUAAAAGCCUGAGUUGUUCCAUGAUGUGUGCAGGUGUGGGGCUCUGCCGUCCGCUGUGUUUUCUGUGCUGUUAGUGGUGUUGGAGUGCGAGGAGGUAACCACAAUUUGUAAGUCUGAGCUGGCACAGACACAUUUUUCUAAAAUAAAGUGUUUUUUCCAACAUGGGGAAUGUGUUUCAACGUACUUGUCAGGACACUGUUACUUGUAAACAUGACAGAAGUCAAACACCUGCCGUAGCUGUGUGGUUGAAUGUUUGACUGUUGCCAGGGAGCAGUUUGUUUUCUGGAAACGUUCUACUUAGAAUCUACUGAUUUUUCUAUUGUGAGAACAGAGGAUGUGAGCGAGCACGACAGGAAUAUCUACCUGUCGGUCAACCUCAUCCUCAUGACAACCUGAUGACAGCACAGGUAAAGGAAAAGAAGAGCGUGAACAAUGAGAGGAUUAC